AUGUUUUUUAAUGAGUUCUGUAAUGAUUUUCCUCAUCAAAAAUAUCCAUUACUUAUUGGAAUAAUGCGAUUAUUUGAACGUGAUAAUACAAAUGAAAUCAUCAGAUUUGAUUAUCAAUUUCAAACAUUGAUUAUACACGACAAACUAAUGCAUAUUCAAAUUUUUGCUGAAAAAACUCGUCUUUCGUGGGAAGUUGUUGAUGAAAUAGCUGACUAUCUUUCAUUAAAUGAUGCAAUCAAUGCAUUUUCGAAUGAUAUUUUACCUCUAUUAGACCAUUCACAAGCAAAAUUUCAUUUAUUUCAUCACUCGGCUCGAUUUAUCAAAAAGAUUCUUCCAAAAAUCAAAUAUGGAAAAACUGUUUCAUUAGAACUCCGAAAAAAUAUUUUAUAUGAAUUACAACAUCGAUUGAAACGAUUUGAAAUUCAUUGUCCAGCAUUAUACGUAUCUUAUAAUAAUAUCGAUCCGCCAAAAGAUUUACAAAAUAAAUUGAUUAUGAUUGAAUAUCUUUUGAUUGAUAUUAGUCUUCCAUCUUCAAAUCCAAUGUAUGGUUAUCGAGAAAGUUAUGCAACACAAUAUUUUUUAGUAGAAACAAAAUUAAUGCAAACAAUGCCAAACAUUCGAUAUCUUCAUCUUAUUAUUCAAAAUCAUGAUAUUCAACGUGUUUGUUAUUUUGCUUCUUCGGAAAUGAUUUUAUUCACAUUUUUUAAGUUACAGAAAAUACAAAUAGAUGUAUGUGGAAGUACAUCGGAAAAUAAAGAAUCACUAUAG